CGCAGGCCGGCCCCCUGCCGGACGCCCGCGGGCACGAGCUGCGGCACAGGGGCCUCGCGCUCGCCUCUCCGGGCGCCGCCCGCCGCGCCCCGUGGUGAUGCAGCUCGCUCGCCGAGCGCUGUCGCCUCGGCUCAAGCUCUCCGACGUGGAGAGCUGUCGCACGGACGCGGACUUCGUGCGCAAGGAGUUGGAAGAGAUCUUCUGGCAGGUGGCGCACCCCUACUCGGAGGCCGUGGAGUUCCCUGGGAUUGUCGACCCGCGGGUCAGCUUGACCGCCACGUGGAUCAUUGACGACCUCGACGCGGGCAACUCCACGUGGGCUUACGCGAAGGCGCCGCUGGCUGACGGUGCCACGUCGCCGAUGUUGCCGCACCUGUGCUCGCAGGAGGAGACCCAGGCGGUGGCCGCGACCGCGCAGACGCUGACGGGCAAGCCGGGCUCGCUGCUGGUCUGGCUGGGGCCUUACUGGAUGUCCAAUAUGAUCGGUGCCGCGUCUUUUUGGAAGGACCGACUACGACGCCCAGACGCGCUACAAGUACCUGAGCGGCCAGCGGCAGCAGGCGGCGGGCGCCGACGGAGGCAGCUUCCGCGCCCUGACCAACGCCCAGGCGCCCGGAGUCCCCCAGGAGGAGACCGGCAGGGGGAGCGGCAGGCCACGUACGUGCGGGAGUUCAUGGCGCCGCGCACGGCGGCGCCGGACCCCGCAGCCGUGGCGACCGUGGCGGCCAGCGACGGGGAGAGGUCGUUGCUGGAACUGCUCCUGCUGCCCAGGGACGCGCCGUGAGGGCAUCCCGGGCUGGGGCGGGGGGCCAGGCGCCCGCAAGUGCGCCGGCGGGCGAUGUGGACCUCCGCCUCCUCUGGUGCCCCCCCGCCGUUGCCCCCCCCCCCUCCUGCUCCCCACCUCCUGCUCCCCCCUCCCCUCCCCUCCCUGGGGCCGCGCUCGCCUCAGCCGCCGCUGCCCGCCGCCGCCGCGGGCGCCCCAAUCCCGGGGGGAUGCCCGCCGGCGCGCGCAGGGGCCGUGCCCGAGGAGAGCGCCCGGCCCCUCUGCGGGGCCCGCCGGUCCUGCGACGGUCCCGGCAGGGAGGGGUGCUGGGUGUUGAGGCCGAGGGGAGAAGGAACGGAGCGCCGCCCUUAGCGUAGGCAGCACGCGCGCCCUGAAAGGGGGAGCGCGCCAGACGCUGCAAGAAGGCGCCAGCGCUGCAAGAAGAGCGGGGAGGUCGGCUUAGGCACAGGCGCGGACGCAGCGUUGAGGUUGAGGGCUACGCAUGUGCCGGAUGUCC